AAGUAUUACUUUCAUUAUGCUUUUUGUAUGGUGCCUUGAAAAAUAAAACUAUCCGCAUCUGUUGGGCAAGUUUGGUGACACGUUUAAGAAAAUAUUACAAUCUUAUUUUUCAGAAUGCCCAUUAUUCGCUUGGAAUCUUCCGAUAAGGAAAUUUUUGACACCGACAUCGAGAUUGCAAAAUGUUCGGAGACCAUCAAAACGGCACUUGAAGACUUGGGUGAUGAAAGUGACAAUAGCAUAUUGCCCCUUCCCAAUGUUAACUCGGCCAUUUUACGCAAAGUUCUGCACUGGGCUACGUAUCAUGCUCAGGAUGAUCCACAACAGGCCCAAGAGGAUGAGAAUAAGGAGAAACGCACCGAUGACAUCUCAUCUUGGGAUGCCGACUUCCUGAAAGUCGACCAAGGCACCUUAUUCGAGCUUAUUCUAGCGGCUAAUUAUUUGAAUAUUCAAGGUUUAUUAGAUGUCACCUGCAAAACCUGCGCCAAUAUGAUCAAAGGAAAGUCACUUCAGGACAUUCGAGAGACUUUUGCCAUUGCCAAUGACUUUUCGCCAGCUGAAGAGGAAAAGGUGCGCAAGGAGAACGAGUGGUGCGAGGAGAAGUAAACACCAAUCAGCCUUCUGACAAAAAUACAUCGGUUUGUUCAAUGUCCUUUUAUUAAAUAAUUGCAUAUAAACAAAAUCUAAUU